AUGAAGCUCACUCUUGCAUCGUUGUCCCUUGUCUUGUUGCGCGUGGCUGACGCUAAAGCAAUUCCGCUCCUUCAAGGCCCGGACAGCUACAGCCUCGUUCCACGCAAUGCGACCGUCGACAGCACUGAGCUCGCCAGCACUUCUGGGCAAGGCAUUUACGACAUCAUUCCUCAUCCGUUUGGCGCACCCUGUGGAACGACGUGGGAUGUGACGAUCAGCGUGCAGUCUGCUGGUGAUCAGACCAAAGCUCGCCCACUGUGCAAAUAUCUCCACACGUACAUCACUCUUCCAACCUCGCAGGGAAUCUCCGAUAAGAAGGUCAACUUCAUCUACCUGUGCCCUCCUCAAUGGCCUGUACCAACCUCCCCUGAAGGCUACGGCUACCACGACUUCAAAUUCAUUGUUACCGGCCCAACAAUGUUCCCUGGCGAUAGUGGCACGGUCAACGCGAACCUGAAUGUGGUCAAUAUCCAUGCUAUUCCGCCGACUGACACCGACAUUCCAGUCAAGAUCGGUUACUAUUACGACAUGAACAAUCCCACCAAACCAGGCUUCAAGAUGCUCACAUUCCGAAGCAUCACCUGCGCCACGUGA